GGCGUCGCGGUGCGAAUUUUUCUUGAAAGAAGGCGGAUAAAAAAUUAUUUACAAUACAACAAAAAAUAGUGUUAAUUUUGCAAAAAGAAGUGAAAUUUCCAUUUGUAUUUAAAAUUCAAUAAAUAAAUGGGUGUUUUCAAACACCCAUAUUUUCAGUUUCUGUAAUAAAAUGCUGUUUAUGAUUCUUAAAUUGAAACUCAGUCAAGUUUUGUGUGAAGUAAAAGUGUCUACUGGCUGGUUCUUGUGCUCUGUGUAUUAUUCAGGCGGGCGGCGGCUGCAUUGAAAAACGAUUUUAAUUCGUUACAAGAGCUCAAAUAAGAAAUUAUACAAAAGAAAAAACUGUGCUGUCUGAUACUGCUUCGUUAGCUAAAAGAGUUAACCAAGAGUUUCUUUUACAUCUUCUUAACAAUCAAACAAAAAAAAAUACGAAAAUCCUGUUUUUUAUUAACCUUAAAAAAAAAUUAAACAAGAAAAUCAAAAAUAAAGUAAAGAAGAAACCAAACAAACCAACAUACUCACUCAAUAACAAGAGCAAAACUUCAUUAUCACUACUUGUAUUUCAACGAAUGUUCAUUAUUGAAUCUUAAUAAUUAAAGCGUAGUCAACAUCAUCUUCAUCAUUAUCGUCAUCAAGACUUUCCCCCUUGAAUUGAAACGAAGAAAGACGAAAAAUAAAACGGCUCCAAAAUGUCGACACGUUCCCAGUUAACAAAGGAUUUGAAUGAGAGCGUUAAAUCUAUAUUGGGUCGUCAUACGAAAAUAUUGGUCAAAUAUAUGGUUAAAUUGGAAACAAAAAAUGAUAAAACAGAAAACAGAGUACUGGUCUUUACACCAGUACGUAUAUAUUUGCUUAUUGCAAAAGUUCCCACAAAGAUUGAAUGUCAUUUCCAUUAUUUGGACAUACAAGCGGUAGAAAGUAAAAAACCCACACAUUUUUCCAUAGUGACCAACGAUCGUCCUUAUAAUUUUGCGACUACAGGUGAUGCGGGCAAUUUUAGUUCGAAUGCAGAUGUGAUUUUAACCGAUUUAGCAUCGGCUAUAAAACAAAUAUUUCCAACAGUUCCUUUAAAGUAUAUUAUAAGGAAGAUUGAUAUACAACCACCGGAAAGAGAAACAAUAUUUUCAGAAGAAUUUCGCCCUUCAGAUCCCCGCAAUGUUGGACCGUGUGGUGGUUUUAGUACACAAUACGCCUGCAUGUGUGAUUUUCAUGGUGUCCCCUAUAGAGAAGAGGUUGCUUGGGACAUUGAUACAAUUUAUUUGUCACAUGAUACUAGAAUUUUAAAUUUACGUGAUUUUGAUCAUUUAGAACCAAAAGACUUAAUGGCCAUUGUAUCGGCUUUGGAAUAUAAUACAUUUUUUCGUGGCUUAAAAGCUUCACAUAUGCGUUUAUCGAAUGAAACAUUAGAACGUAUAUUACAUGUGCUCAAGCGUUCUAUGUGGCUCGAAGAGUUACAUUUGGAAGCCUUAGGUUUAAGAUCCGAUUUUCUUCAUAAAUUGGCUGUAUCUGUGAUUACAAAUAAUAAUCCUGCAAUACGUACUAUUGAUUUAAGUCAUAAUAUAAUUGAGGAUAAAGGUGCAAUACAUUUAGCAGGACCCAUAGCUAAAGUCUCAAAAGGUUUAUGCAGAUUAGCAUUAGCUCAUUGUGGCCUUACCUCUAAGGGUGUUAAUCAGAUGUCACAUUCACUGUCGCUCAAUCAAAGCAUUUCAAAUUCUUUAACGUAUUUAGAUUUAAGUGGUAACAGUCUUAAAGAUGAUAUAACAAAUUUACAUAAUUUUUUAGCACAGCCAAAUGUUUUAGAUUAUUUAGAUCUCUCUUCGACUGAUAUAACUUUAGAGAAUUUAUUUGGUGCCCUUUUACGUGGUUGUGCAACGCAUUUAGCUCAUCUUAAUGUUUCACAUAAUUCGUUUAGCACAAAGAAAGGUAAAGAAAUACCGCCAUCGUUUAAACAAUUCUUUACCAGUACUUUAAGUUUAAAGCAUUUAAAUAUUGCCGGUUGUAAACUGCCAAUGGAAGCAUUAAAAAAUUUACUACUUGGUUUGGCAUGCAACGAGUCAACAGCUGGGCUGUACUUAGAUUUAAGUAGCAAUGUCUUAGGUGCCCAGGGUGCACAUGUUUUAGAAUCAUGCAUACAUGGUGUUCGUGUUUUACAAAGUUUAGACAUAAGUGACAAUAAUUUAGACGUUGAAUUAGCUCCCGUUUUACUUUCGAUUUCUAAGAACCCCUCGAUACGCACAUUGAACAUGUGCCGUAGUUUAACUGGCAUGAAAUUGAAACAUGUGCCCACUGUCAUGGAUGCUUUAGUCAAUCUAAUACAAAAGGAUGAUUUCCCAUUGGCCGAAUUGGUGUUGUCGGAAAAUAAGCUCAAACAUGAUAUACAUGAUUUUAUAAACGCUUUGGGUAGUAAUCAAAGUUUACAAAAAUUAGAUAUAUCUGGCAAUUAUAUGGGUGAUGUUGGUGCUCGUCUUUUGGCCAAGGCAUUACAAAUCAAUAAUAAAUUACGUACAAUUUAUAUGGAUAAGAACAAUAUAACCCUACAGGGUUAUGCUGACAUAGUUUACGCUCUGGAAAAUAAUUAUACCAUGCGUAACAUACCAUUUCCUGUAUUCGAUAUAGCACCGCACUUGAAAAAUCACCCCGAUAAAACUGACACUAUAAUGCGUAAGAUGCAAGAACUUUUACAGCGCAAUGGCAACGGUUUGAAACGUACGACUGGUCAGGGUUUUCGUUUGCAACACGGUUUUCUGCUCUCUUCUACACAUCAGUUGGUUGAUAAACUUGUGGCCGAAACACAAGAUACUAUAUCGAUUGCUAAAAGUAGCAAUGAUUCGACUUCGUCGUCGGCCGUUCAGCGUCUUAUUGAAGAUGCUGAGAAUUGCAAACAGUUAAUGCCAAAACUACAAGAAUCGGUUCGUUGUGAAACACAUCCAGUGGAGGUGAAACUUACGCGCAUAGCCAGUGAUUUAAGCUAUACCAUACAAAGUUAUUUGGAAGAAACCUUAGAGACUAUGAUACGCACCGGCGUGGAACAAUGUCCCAAGACAUUGGGUAAUCAUGUUGUCAUACAAGAUUUGCGCAAAGUUCUGGGUGAACGUUUAAUAAUACCAGAAGAUUUUCUACAAAACUGUUUGCUCAACAAUGCCGGCAGUGAGAUUAUAAAUAAAGUGAGUGAAAUUGAACAAUCAUUGGCAGCUGCCAUUUCCGAUCGUGCUACAGAUGAAGUUUUAGAGGCUUUAACCCGUUAUCGUCGUGGUUUAGGUAUAGCCGAUUCACCCUCCGUUAUGUUGGAUGAACCACAAACACCAGAUAUUGUACGCAGUCAAUCGAGUCAUGACACCGAUGGCAUGAUCAUACGACCAGGUCGUGGUUCCAUUCUACCCAAACUUGGACUAGAAUCACCCACCGCAACACCACAUAUGCCCACCAAAAGACGUUCGAUAGCGCAACGCAAGGUGCGCCCCCAGUCGGUGGUGGAAAAUCUAAGUUUGGGUCAUAUACCAGAUUUGCUAGAGUCGCCGUCAUCGCAUCGCUCCACAUCGCAGAUGUCGAGACGUGAUUCGUCGGUGAAUGGUGAUAAUGGUACGGGCGAUAGUAGAAUGGCUUUGGACGAUGGAGGCGGCGAUGAGUGUUGUGAUUCUAUAACAGAGCUGCCAAGUGCUUCGUUUCAACUGCAGCAUCUAGUCAAAGGGCGUCCGAAACGGGCCAAGACACGUGCACCUACACGACCUUUGGUCGGCAUGGAGAGUGGCGGAACUAAAGAAAUCGGUGAGGGUCUAGAUCAAUUCUUUCGACCUGGUUCGGUAACUCCAACAACCCUUACACCCUUAGUAUCACCCACAUCAGAGGAAUGCAGCUCCCUGUCAUUUGUCGAUAGUCCGACGAUGAGUCGCAACGGUAACGAUCAAAUGACCUCAGAAGAAACCACACCUAUUCUAGAGGAACGUAAACCCAUUAAACUGGAACGUAAUUCACCGCUGUUGAGAGGUGCUGCCUGGGCUACACGUUCCCGAUCAACAGACAAUUUAGAAAAGUAUUCGCCCUUAGUGGGCCGCAAAUCGCCUCUGGUUAAAAUGCGCACCGAAAGUGGUGGAGCUGGCGGCGAUGGCAUGGACUCUUUGCCCCAUCCAGCUGAACGUUUACUAAAAGCUUCUUCGGGGCGUGAAGAUAAAACUCGUUCGCCCAGCACCGAUUCCAUAAAAAGUCACACGGAGUCCACAAGUGUUAUUGUUAAGACUGGCAAUGGAAUUUUGCGCACUCCCAUUGUUUUGCAAAAACCACGACCCUGGUCUGUGGUGGGUAAUGAACCAAAGCAGUCUCAAAACUCAACAGACUCUACUAAAACUACACCAGAAAAACUGGACGAAGACGUUGAAGUUGUGCCCUUUGGUCAAAGUGGUGGUUCUAUUGUGGGCAUAAGUCCAGGCAUAGCUAUAGCUCAAGGUGGUUCUGGUGGUGGUAGUAUUGUAGGCAUAACACCCGGUGCUGCCUUGGAAAAGAAAUCGGUUAGAGAACUUGCAGCAGGUCUAAACCGUUUAGAUUUACCUUUAAAACCUCAAGUAUUACCACGUUCGUUACUAACAUCGUCCUCAUCGUCGGCCAUAUCUAAAAUAAGCAACCACCACAACAACAGUACUAUCAAUAACAACAAAACCUCCUCGCUGACAUCGUCAACGACAAUAAUAUCAUCAUCUUCGUCGUCGUCGACUACCAACGAAACUCAUGCGAAAAUUGUAACCACCAGUUGUAUAAAUAGCGAGACCAAUGAAACCUUAAGUAAAACAAUUAUAACUGAGAAUGGUACAAAUGAAGUUUUAAACAUACGCAAUAGUAAAAAGUUAGCGCUAAGCGAUUUCUUUAACAAUGAUAAUCGUCAUGAUGAUGCCAACGACAAAAUCGUAACAUCCUCCUCAGCUGCUGUAAAACGUAUCGCGGGCAAAGAAAUAUCAACAAUGUUUGAGGAGACAUUAGUUGAAGGCCUACAACGAUCCUCUCUACGACGGACUUUUAGAGAUACACAAUAUACCAAAGAGGAUGUCGUUGAUUUAUAAAACCCAACAAUUAUAAAACAAUCUCCCUAAAACCAAAAUAAACAAACAAAAAACAAUAAAUAUUUUUUACAAAAUAAA